AUUUAUAUAUAUCUCUCACAUGGAUGGGACAACAGAAACAGCCUCAUACCGUAGAACACCAACAACAUAGCAGAUUGAAUAAGAUGUAUCUGAAUUUCUCUCUUCUCUUUCUUUUUCCUCUAUUCGUCUUCUGUUGCCUCCCUGAAAUCAUAGCUCACAAAGAUGGAGAAGACCCAACAACCAAAACUAUGGAGGAUUUCUCUGGGUACCCAAUUCACGAAACCCACUCCCAAAAUCCACUAUCUUCACUAUCAGUGGAUACCCAAAGUUUGCAGAAACAGAUUGAUGAGCUGUCAACAUUCUCGGAUACACCUGCUCCAUCAGUGACAAGGAUCCUGUACAGUGAGAAGGAUGUAUUGGCGAGGAGGUAUAUCAAAAACAUAAUGGGACUUGCUGGUCUCUCUGUUAGAGAGGAUGUUGUUGGUAAUAUAUUUGGUCGGUGGGAGGGCUAUGAACCAGAGCUAGCUGCAGUUGCAACAGGUUCUCAUAUUGAUGCAAUUCCUUAUUCUGGGAAGUAUGAUGGAGUUGUUGGUGUUUUGGGUGCAAUAGAAGCCAUCAAUGUAUUGAAAAGGUUUGGAUUUAAGCCUAAAAGAUCAUUGGAAGUGAUCAUGUUCACCUCAGAGGAGCCUACACGUUUUGGGAUCAGCUGCUUGGGAAGCCGCUUGAUGGCAGGAAAUGAGGAACUUGAAAAGGUUCUCAAGCAAACAGUUGAUAAUCAAAAUACAUCCUUUCUUGAUGCUGCAAUGUCUGCUGGUUAUGCAAAAGGUGGAGAGGACUUGUCCAGUGUUUUUGUUAAGAAAGGAAGUUACUCUGCUUUUGUGGAGUUGCAUAUAGAGCAAGGUCCUAUUCUCGAGGAAGAAGGUAUUUCAAUCGGUGUUGUGACUGCAAUUGCUGCUCCAGCAAGCAUCAAGGUGGAUUUUGAAGGCAAUGGAGGCCAUGCAGGGGCUGUUUUGAUGCCAAAUAGGCAUGAUGCGGGACUGGCUGCUGCAGAGUUGGCACUAGCUGUGGAGAAACAUGUGCUAGAAUCUGGAUCGAUUGAUACUGUUGGUACAGUUGGCAUUCUGGAGCUGCAUCCCGGGGCAGUCAACAGCAUACCUAGCAAGUCGCACCUGGAAAUAGAUACACGAGACAUUGAUGAAAAUCGAAGAAACAAUGUGAUUGAGAAAAUCCAUCAAUCUGCUUUAUCUAUAGCCAAAAAGCGUGGCGUCAAGCUUUCAGACUUUAAAAUUGUUAAUCAGGAUCCACCAGCCCUUUCGGAUGAAUCAAUAAUUGAGGCGAUGGAAGCUGCAUCAAAGGAGCUAAACUUGUCUCAUAAGUUGAUGAUAAGCAGAGCUUACCAUGAUUCCCUAUUCAUGGCCAGAAUAACGCCAAUGGGAAUGAUCUUCAUUCCAUGUUACAAAGGAUACAGCCAUAAGCCGGAAGAAUUUUCCUCCAUUGAGGAUAUAGCAAACGGAGUCCAGGUUUUAGCCCUAACCCUUGCCAAGUUAUCCCUGUACUGAUUACGCCUCAACCAUUACAACUUUGUCAAGCUCUGUUUCUUUCAGUUUUAGAGGGUUUGUGUGGGUUCUGCAUUCGAUUCUACCUGUUGAAUGAUACAACAUGUAUGAGAAUUAGCAGUAGAGGAUAAUAUGUUUUCAACUUCUUGUGUUUGAUGACAUCAAACUCAUUUGUAUAGCAGUCAACUGUUGUACUUUCACAGUUAUGAUAAACAUGGACUUGGGUUCACCAUCAUUCAAGCACACAA